AUGUCGCGAAUAUGUUGUCUGCUUCUCCUGCUGACCAACCAAGCAUUAUCAACUGACCAGAAGAAACGCAGCCUCGUCAACUCUCUCACCGUGCCUGCCGGCUUCCCAGCUCGUCACUCCGUCACAGAGCUCCACAACAGAGUCCCCAUACCCAUCCCCCAGCCUAUACCUAUAGGGAUCCCACGACCUGUACCGUACCCUGUAGGGGUCGGUGUACCUGUUGACCAACCGCGGCCGGUACCAGUUGUAGUCCCACAUCCAGUAGCCCAUAUAAUACCAAGGCCUAUAGCAGUGCCGAUAGACAGACCGUUCCCGUACCCAGUCGCGCAUCCAGUACCCGUGACUAUAACCCAGGGGGUACAUAUACCGGUGCCGCAACCGUAUGCGGUUGGGGUACCGGCGGCGGUACCGGUUAGGGUCCCGCAACCGGUACCGGUGGCUGUCAAUCCGGUGGUGCAACCGGUACAGCAGAUAGUUCAACCGGUUGGAGGGGUUGUGGAAGCGCAUGGUCAGGCUAUAGUGCAUCCUUAUUGACCGAUUGACUGAGUAUCAUCAUUAAGACUGUAAUAGACAGUUUUUCAGGCUGAUCUCCAACUAUUUUGAUGGAAGUUCAAGAAAAACUUGUAAAGUUAAAGAUAAACUAUUAUUAACAAGUUUACAACAUAACAUGCAUGCUUUUAAGAUUUUAAACUUGAAAAGAGUAUCGUUAGCUAAAAUGUAUACGUGUGUUUGUAUACGUAAAAAUGUUCAGAUGAUUUUGGUUGCAUUUUCAAAAUGUUGUACCGGUUUAAGUUUAGAAUAGUUUCAUAUUUUUAAAUUCACACCUCCGGUAGGACUCGAUCCUGCGACCUUUGGCCUUGCCGGGGCCACCGCGCUUCCAACUGCGCCACGGAGACCUGCUGGAUGUGUGCGAAUUUAUCCAUGCCUUCCCUCAAUUCUCAACCGCCUUAGGGUGGCGUUAUAGCAAACAUCUACCCGUAAGAAGAGAUCUUAACAGGCACAUAUAAUAAUAU